GUUGCAUUGGUUCGUUGAGACCGAGGUCGUGCUCUGAUGUUGAGAGCAUGAUUAUGAUGGGUGCGAAAGAAGGCGUGAAGAAGAGAAUGAGUUGCUGGUACGGUCCCAUUCGCUGUGGGACCGUUUACUGGGUGUGGGGGCCAGUAGAGCUUGGGGGUGAUAUCAUCGUGAUGAGUGGGUCACUGCUACAGGAAUUGGUCGGUUUUGCGUCCCAGGGCUGCUCACUUUAUGGGGAAUAAUCAACGUUAUGUUUGUGUGCUCGCUUUAAGGAAGGCGUGGCGAAGCAAGGCAAAGCUAAAAUAGGCGUUGCGAAUGUGUCUUCUGCCGCCCUGCGGUUUGAAGGUCUGCUCUCGAGAUUAUGGAUUGUUUUGGGGGAUCGAAUCUAGGUCCUCUAUACUGAAUCGAGCGACUUUAUAACCCCACCGCCGGCAGGCGUUGAGCCACUUCUGAGCGAUACCAAUGCCGGCCAGCUUGACAUUAAGUUUGGAUCAACUUUGUAGCAGCUCGUACAUUGGAAUUUCUCGAGGGCGGACGCACUGCGGCAGCUAGUGAAUACUGCAUUUGAGAAGUUGAUAGACGCUGGAUAUUAGACUCACUUAGCGAUUUUGAUUGUGUGGGCAAUUCAAAGCCUGUACUUUGGAGUGGACAUAGCAGUGUGAUUCUCAGGAAUCGAUAUUGAAAGCGUAACUAGAGAGGCUGGAUGCCUUGCUAAAAGUAUGCAAUGCAGGGGGAGGUGGGUGGUGACUGUGUAGAAGCUAGUCACACCAAAUCGAGCAUGGAGAUGAAAUCCAUUGUAGAGUGUAGGCGUUCUAUUUUCGGCUUGCCGCGAAGCGAUCAAGUUGCUAAUUUCUUAAAUCGUGCAAUUGUUUCGACCAUCCUUUACGUCGUUAUGUUACGUUUUCUGACUACACCGGCCAUGGCAGCCACUUAUGCACCUGAGGCACGCACCAUGGGAAUAAAUUAUGGACGACUUGCGGAUAAUAUACCUAGUCAUGCCGAAUCUGUGAAGUUGAUUAAGAACUUAGGAAUGGGAAGAGUGAGGAUUUUUGAUUCCGAUGGACCAACAAUCGAAGCAUUUGCUGGCUCCGGCCUGGAACUAACAAUUGGGAUGAGCAACUUGGACAUCACCGCCCUUGGCCAGGACGCAAACACGGCCGACCAAUGGAUCGCCAACAACGUCGUCCCAUACUACCCCGCCACCAACAUCACGUGCAUCACAGUCGGCAACGAGCUCUUCACUUACCCGGAGCAAGCCGUCAUCUGGCCUCAGCUCGUGCCAGCCAUCAAAAACCUCUACACUAGCCUCCAGACUCGUGGGCUCACACGGAUUAAGGUCUCUACGGCCGUCGAGUACAGCAUCCUGGCAAACUCCUUCCCACCGUCCGCAGGAGUGUUUCGGGAAGAACUCGCAGUGGCUGUCAUGAAGCCCUUGCUGCAGCAGCUGGACACCACUAGCAGCUACCUCUACCUCAACGUCUACCCCUACUUCGGAUGGUCCGGCAACACGGCCGACAUCCCACUCGACUACGCAUUGUUCACCCGCGACUCGACCUUCACCGUGGACGGUCAGUACGAGUACAAGAACCUCCUGGACGCGCAGCUGGACGCCAUGGUAGCAGCAAUGGAGGCUGUGGGCUAUGGCGACGUGCGCAUCGUGGUGAGCGAGACCGGGUGGCCGACUCUGGGCGACGCGAACACGCUAGGCGCUAACAUCUCAAAUGCGCAGACAUACAACAACAAUCUAGUAAAGUGGGCAAUCACAAACCCAACAAAGGGAACUCCGAAGAGACCAGGGAUCUUCGUCCCGACGUUCAUCUUCGCCGUGUACAACGAGAAAGACAAGCCCGGGCCGACAACGGAGCGCAACUGGGGGCUGCUAUACCCAAGCGGCAAGCCUGUUUACCCGCUGGAGGUGUCGGGCAGCAGUGGCGGCGGGUCGUCAUCUGGCGGUGGAGGCUACGACUCGCCGCUCAAGACGUGCAACGGCAGGCCUAGCGUGCUCUCCCUAACGGCGUCCUUCUUCGGCAUUCUGUUCAACCUCAGAAUCUAACACCACUCCCACAUUCCCCACGCCUCCACCGACUGAACUCACUGCAGUCUGUAGAGUAUGCAUCGCAUCACAUGGCAUGGCAUCGCACCGUGAUUGCGAUAGCGACGUUCCGAGACCAUAGCAGAGCAUAGCUCCCAUUCCUUGACGAAGCAAUAACGGAAGCUGAGGGCAUGCACCGCUGUUGUGAUCGGAUUCCAUGCGCCCCGUUUCCUAUGUAACCUCACUCACACAUAUACACGAUUUUGUUUUCAUUGUUA